UUGCACAUACGCUCAGUUGGCCACCCGAGUCACUGCUCACUGCUGCUACUGCCCUGCAAGUUCCGGCAAUAUUCAGCACGGCGCUUCCGUCUCCGCCCCGGUGACUUGCUAGCUCGUCGACGGUCCUUGCUGCGCCAUGGAGGAAACCCCGCUGCCACUGCCACUGCCAUUGGUACCUCGCGUCAGGCUCGGCACCCAGGGCCUGGAGCUGUCUAAGCUGGGGUUCGGGUGCAUGGGCCUGACGGGCUCCUACAACGCCCCGCUCGGCGACGACGCCGGCGCCGCCAUCGUCGCACACGCCUUCCGCCGCGGCGUCACCUUCUUCGACACCUCCGACUUCUACGGCCCCCACACCAACGAGACGCUCCUCGGCAAGGCGCUGAAGCAGCUGCCGAGGGAGCAGGUGCAGGUGGCUACCAAGUUCGGGAUCCAGCAGUACGCGUACGACGAGGGCACGGGCACCGUCUGCGGCCGGCCGGAGUACGUGCGCGCCUGCUGCGAGGCCAGCCUGCGCCGCCUCGGCGUCGACUACAUCGACCUCUACUACCAGCACCGGGUCGACACCACCACCCCCAUCGAGGACACGAUCGGGGAGCUCAAGAAGCUGGUGGAGGAGGGGAAGGUCAGGUACAUUGGGCUGUCGGAGGCGAGCCCCGACACCAUCAGGCGUGCUCACGCCGUGCACCCGGUCUCCGCGGUGCAGAUGGAGUGGUCUCUCCGGGCUCGUGACAUCGAGCCCGAGAUUGUGCCGCUCUGCAGGGAACUGGGGAUUGGAAUUGUUCCUUACAGCCCGAUCGGCCGCGGGUUCUUCGGCGGAAGAGGAGUCACGGAGCAAGUGUCUGAUGAAUCCAAUCUGAAAAGGCACCCACGGUUUUCAGCAGAAAACCUGGAGAAGAACAAGCAUCUCUAUCUGAAAAUGGAAGAACUAGCCAGGAAGCACCAGUGCAGCCCUGCUCAGCUAGCUUUAGCUUGGGUGCUGCAUCAAGGAGAUGAUGUGGUUCCCAUACCAGGGACAACAAAGAUCAAGAACCUGGACUCCAACAUUGACUCCUUAAAGAUAAAGCUCACCGAAGAUGACCUGAAAGAAAUUAGCAGCCAGAUACGUGAAGAAGAUGUGGCCGGUGGAAGGAGUUAUACUUCCUUGGCGCAUACCAACUGGAACCAUGCAGACACACCAAAGAAGUAAAACUACAAAAAACGGUGAUAUGUGAGAAUAAAACAGCCAUGCCAUCUACUCCCUAUCUGUUAUCAUGCUAAAUGGUGCUGCCUGUACCAUGUGAAUCUUCCGUGUUAAAUAAUGUACUGCAAAUAAGAACAUGUGCACUCUCUCCAGGAAUCAUGUAAAUUUCUGUCUGCGCGCAUAACAAAAGACCGAGACUGCAAGACGUGAUUUGCUGUGCCCGUCCAUCUUGGAAAUAUUAGAAACAUUUGAUAAA